GCCAGAAGAGGCUUGGCACAGUGCCGUGAAUGCCUGUGCCCGCCGCUUGGCCCUCAGUCUCUCUCCUUCCCUUGUGAUAUAAACCCCUUCAUCAUUUUCCUCCAUUUACGCGGAUCUUUCUCAUAUCCAGCAUAUGAUUUUCGUCAUAAGUGAGGAGGCAUUUAAUCGUCUGAAAAAUCUAGGAAGUGUGCGCACAAAACCAGUAAUACCUGCAGAAAGGAAAGUACAUAUUUAGUCAGUGUUGGAGGGUUCAGAACACAUCCCUGGUGGUCCUAAUACAACACAACCAGAACCAGAUAGGGAGAUAAAAGCAGUGAGUGAGAGAAACAGGGAAAGAAGUAAGGAAGGGAGGAGAAGUCGAACGCACAAGAGAUAGAAAGAGGAAACAAGUUGUAACUCUGCCCAGCAUUAGAAUCGUGACGCCUUGCAAACGUAAACACUGCAAUGAGGAACAGACAGAUGAACAAGUGUGACGCUGUUAGAUAAUAAACAAACACCAAGACAACGAGGAGCAAAACAGCGAGUGAACCAGAAAAUGCACUAGAGAGAGACGAAGACAAGAAAUAAAAAAAUAACGAGCCAAGAUGUGUGCGAUGAAGAAUAACAAGAGGGACUCCCUUCCGUCACUCACCAUGAACAAGUUUUUCGUAAACAAGCGUGCCUCCAUGUUCGAGAAGGAGGAGCCGCCGCCGGUCUCUAAGAGGGACUGGCGGGAGUGGAGUCCUUGUGGCUUGGUGGAGACCUCGCAGCGGAAGAUGGCAGAGAGGAAGGAGAAGGAGAGGAAGAACAUGAUGCGUGCCCGACUGAAGCGACAGGCAGACCCAUACGCAGAGGAGAGCAGCGAUCCAGAGGAAGACGACGACUGCCCUGACUCCAAGGCUUGUGGACACGCCAGCCGGUCCGUCAACUUUGGCCAGGUGAAGAAGACACUGAAGCAGGGCCAGCAGAUCGGGGAUUGUACACAGUGCCGCAAGGGUCACUGCUCGGGGCUGAACGAGGCGCCCAACCCUAUUGUGGAUAACUAUGUACCGGUAAUCUGGCUGUGUCUCUACUGUGGCCACCAAGGCUGUGACCGCAAUACUAAGGAACAGCACGCCCUCCUGCACUUCAGGCGCCCCCACUCUGACCCACACUGCCUCAUCCUCAACACCCAGGCCUGGAAUGUUUGGUGUUACGAGUGUGACUCCGAGGUGCACCAGACCAGCUCCAAGAAACUCCACGAGGUAGUUGAGUUUAUCAAGAGACAGAAGGACAUGGCGCCCCGCAGAUCCUCCUCUAACCGCCCCACCCUUAACUCAUCGCAGUACUCCAGCGUGGGUGAGUGCGGGUCCAUCACGGUGGCCAAGGGCUCCGUCAGUUCCUUUGAUGACAACUCCAAGGCUGCGAAGAAUCAACGCAACGCCCAGGCCAGUGUGCUCGCCUCCCUGCCUAAAGUAAAGGGACUCAGCAACCUUGGGAACACCUGCUUCUUCAACUCAGUGAUGCAGAGUCUCUCCCAGACACACUUCCUCACGCAGCUGCUGGACUUGCAGUGUCAGAGUGGCCAGCGAGUGUACCUACCCGGCCGCUCCAAGGCACCCCGGCUGGGCCUCAACGGGGAAGUGAGGCAGGAGAACGGCAGAGUCAAGCAGAAGAAGAGGGAGACAGAGAAUGAGGAUGAUGAUGAUGUGGAGCUGGUGAGUUGUGGGGAGGACAAGAGGAGAGGGUGGAUGUGGGGCGGCCUGACUCUCGCCACGGCCACACUGCUGAAGGAAAUGCACUCUGUCGGCAAGAACCACAUCCUCAACCCAGGCUACCUCUUUGGCCAGUUACACGGACAGGAUGCCUCAAUCUGCAAGAAGAGCACUCAGUUCCAAGGAUAUGAACAGCAGGACGCCCAUGAACUCCUGCGCUGCCUCUUAGAAGCCAUCAGGAAUGAGGAGAUCCUGCGGGCCAAGAGAGCCAUCCUCAAGGCCUUUGCUCUGUCCGAGAAGACCGACCCCAACAGCGUCAGUCCACGGCUCAAGACUAUGAUCAAGGGUUACGGCAGGCAGGCCACACACACCAUCGUUGACCAGAUCUUUGGGGGGCAGCUUAUCAGUACCAUCUUCUGUGAGGAGUGCCACUGGUCGUCCCAGGUGUUUGAGCCCAUGAUGGACCUCUCGCUGCCCAUCAAUGAGGAGAAGGGCAAACCAAAGAAGAACAACAUCAACGACGAGACAGUGUUCGACUGCUUUGGGCGGCCAACGAGCAUUGCGGGCGGCAACCAGAACAACGUGAACAGCAACCUGACCACCACCAGCAACCACAGCGGCAACAGCAGCCUGUCCAAGCACCAGCUGAAGAAGCAGAAGAAGGCGGAGAAGAAGCAGCGGCGGGGGCACAAGGGACGGGGGAAGGGGAAGGGCGGCAGUCUGGCCCCCUCCUGCAUCAGACCCAACAAUGAGGACGAGGACACGGGCAAGAGUGAGAAGAUGAAGCGACGCACCACAGAGAAGAGCCAGGUGGGGGAUCAGGAGGACCUAGCCAGGAUGGAGAGUCAGAGGGCAGGUGGUGGUGACUCGGCCAGCCAGGAAACGAAACGCGGAGAGAGUUCAAGAUUCAAGAAGCUAAUGGCAGCGCGUCGAGUGGAGAGGCAGAAGGAGAGUGGCGAUGACGGAGGCAGCGAUGAGGAUUCCGAGUAUGACGUUGAUGAGGAUGAGGAGGACGACUCUCUAGGGGGCCAAGACAAGCCCGACGGCCCCCUGCACAGGAACGGCCAGGAGAAGAAGGACGUCAGCAAGGAUGAGAAGAUGAGAAAGGAGGAGGAGACGGAGGAGGAGAGCGAGGAGGAGGAUUCAGAGGAGACGGAGAGUGAGAGUAAAAAUAACGAAAGUGAUGCAGGAAGCUCCAAGAAGAAAGGAUCAUCCACAGAGACAAGUGAUGCGGACAUAGAGGACAACACAGACUCAGACCGUGUGCGGCACAAGUACCACAACACACGGCAGCCGUCCAUUGUGGUGGAACAGUCCGAGACCGAGACCCGAGGCAGCAACGACGGUCUUGCUCUGAACCAGAAUUUUCAGCUGGUCCCUUACUAUGGGCCUUAUCUCUCCCCCUACUGCCGUGUUCUGAGAUAUCUCAACACUUGCUACUCCAGUGACCAACUCAACUACAACUCUGCUUCUGAGACAUCCGAGCGUUACUUCACCCCCUAUGAGAAAGACUGCAAUGGCCUGGACACUGGAGAUGACCUUGAAAAUUACCAGGAGUCUCAGACAGAACGCGCUGACAACGUGUCCCUGCGAUCUGACAACACCAACACCAGUGGCAAGGCUUCCUCCACUGCCACAGGGGACACGUGUUCUAUAUCGAGCGGGGAGACUGUCGGGAACUUUGACAUGGAGAACAAGGUACCAGUGGACCAGGCACAUAUGGAUGAGAUGUGCCUGAAGGUGAAGGAACUGAAGAUCCGGCGUAAGUCUUGCAGCAAAGAGAGCCUGCUGGACACCACCCAGAGGUCCAGCCAGAAGCGAGGGUCCACAGAGACACUGCAUACCUUUAAUGAGAAGCUGGAGGAGGAGGAGGAUGAGAGUAUCAAGAAGGCCAAGUUCCUGAAGAAGUCAAAGCAGGAGUGGAUCGCCCGCAGCCUCACCACUCUUGCCCCACGGUACCAGUGUAGGAGUCAGGAGUGCUCAGUGAUGUCUUGCCUCACUCACUUCACUGCGCCAGAGCUCCUCACCGGCAACAACAAGAUCACCUGUGAGAACUGCACCAAGCAACACAACAAGCUCCACCCAGACGACCAGAAGGACUCAGUGAAGAGCAACGCCAGUAAGCAGAUGCUGAUCCUGUCCCCGCCAGCUGUGCUUACUUUGCAGCUCAAGAGAUUUCACCACAUGGGCUUCAACCUGACUAAAGUGAACCGCUAUGUCAAGUUCCCCCUUGUGCUGGACCUCGCUCCCUUCACCUCCUCAAUCUCCCUGGGGCUCGGCAACAUGUCCCAGGGGCAGUCACAGGUGCUCUACGGCCUCUACAGCGUCGUGGAGCACUCAGGUCGCUUAAAUUCUGGCCACUACGUCGCUUACGUUCGUUCCCGACCCUUGGACCCAAACCACACAAACCGACAGUACCUCAACUUGAAGCCCUCCAGCCAGUUUGAGAUUGACCACCUGGUAGCAGAGAUGGCUGAGAAGGUUGAGGCGUCAUCCGGCACUCUCCAUAAUGACCUGAAGGCUUCUCCCAGGAAUAAUGCAACUAAUGUGCAGGAGUUUGAGGAGGAGAUCAAGGCGGGGCGGUGGUUCCACGUGUCGGACACCUACGUUGCCGAGGUGAACAUUGACCGAGUGCUGAAGGCCCAGGCGUACCUGCUCUUCUACGAACGCCUGGUCUGAGGCCGGCAACACUUAGACUGUACAUACUUAUUUCUACUAGCGAAUUAACUUAUUGAGUACAUAUUUAUUUGUACAUUUCUUCCUAGCCGUAUGCUUAGAGCGCCAAUCUCUGCGUCACCGCCCAGCCUUAGUGGUAUGCCAGGGAGGACCAUUCUGUGACAGCCUUAUCUGAACAUGUAGUACAAAACAUGGGCUCUUCAUUGUGUGCAGGCCUCAGGCCAGGGCAGGGCAGGCUGAGGUCCAUGGGUCUAAAAGGGCAGCAUAAUAGUGAGUCACAGGGCAGUGUUGGGUAUGGAUAGUCCUUAGGGGCAGGGCAGGACAGAUAACCAGGUCGUUGAUAGUCUUCCAAGGCAGCAUAAUACUAGAUGGAGAGUGGUGGAUAAGUGGUGGGCUGUGAGUGUUCAGUGUUGUGUGAGCCAGCCAGCCAUGCAGGGGUGUCGGCUUGUGGCAGGGUGACACAGCAGGUGGUGUGGUGCAGUGUUAGGAUGUGCUAGGGUGAGGGAAUAACUGUGUUUGUGUACUUGUUUGGUGUGGUGGUGCUGCGACCCAGCACACUGGUGGGGAUUGACCACCACAGUGUUUGCAAGGUUCAGUACAGGCCAGGGAGGCAAGUACAGUGUUCUAAGUGUAGAUAAACAUUUUACUCUUCACUGCUCUGAGGUGUUUUGUUGUGUUGGUGGGAUGGCAUCCUCAUCACAGGUUCUUUCUACUGUACGUGUUAGAGGGAAGUCAGUGUGUGAGGAGGCAGCCCAGCUCCUGACUCAGCAUGAUUCACAAGGCAGUGUGUGUGGGGUGGCCCGUCGGUGCCUCGGCCUGUGCUGCGGCACCCACAGACUGAGAGGCAAGUGUGAUUGGUUCGUCGUGUUGGCGUGGAGUCCCAUUUUCCAUUUCUACAUUGUUUUGAAACGUUUACAUUAUUUUUAUGCAGACGUGGGACUCCCGGAGGAGAGCCGAGUGGCGGCUCUUGUUUUGCCGGGGCUUAUUUUCAAGCCCUCAUUACUUCUGUAUAUAUUGUGACUUAUUCAGAAUGGUGACUAGGAGAAUGAUUGGUGUGUGUAGGGAGACAGUAUUCCUGUUGCAGCGUGUUGAGAGUGCCGAGCCGUGUGUAGUGUGUGUCCCAAGGUGUAGUGGCUGAGGCAGGCGUGGCAGACACAGCACUGCCUGGUGGGCCUGCAGCACCCAUGGGCAGCAGUGUCCUGGUGAACACACUGACAGGUCCUCCUCUGAUGGCUAAACCUUAUCACUUUGGCUGCAGUGCUGAGGCUUUGUAUGAAAAGACUUGUACUUUGGUGACAUCUUAGCGAGACAUAAUGUAAAUAUAGAGUAACACGACGUGACGCAGCGUUGUUAGGAAGCACGUGAUGAAUAUGUCAGCCUCAUCUGUGAUAUCAAGUCUCUCUUCAUUACAGAGGUGCCUCUUUGUAAUACCCUAGAUAUACAUUGCCACACAGAGCCAACCGAGUCUUUCAAACAGCAAGCGUAAUCUGCAUGGGUGAUUUUACCAGCUGAGCCAGUGCCAAACAGAUAUCCUGCCUGUACAAACUUAUGAACCUCUCCGCCGUGCCUCGCUCUCACCAAAUCAAAGUGUAGCUCCCUUGCUCCCUCUGUGUUCCCCUCACAUCAUGCACAGCAGAGUCAGGCUUGUAUCCUCACACUCGCCUCUCAUUUUUCAGUCUGGGAUAAUUAGUCAGCCUCUCAUGUGAGUUUUCAUUGUUGAUCAGGUAGAGUAAUGUUAGACUCUUGCCAGAAUCAUGAAAACACCCAUGUAAACUUCCAUAUCAGUCUGUCAAACGUUGUUUUCUGUAGAUUCCACCAGAAAAAUCUCAACUUUUUCCACCAGAUUACUCCAGGUAUAAUUUUUCUGUAGAUUGCUGCAGAUAAAUAUCCUACAUAAACUUUUCUUUAGAUUACUCAAGAAAUGAAUAUCAUGUUAUUUUUUUCUGUGAUACUCCUGAAAGGUCAACUUUUUUCUGUAGAUUCCUCCAGAAAAUAAUAAGUUAAUAACUUUUAUGUAGAUUACCCCAGAAAAAUAAACUUUUCUGUAGAUUACUCCAGAAAAGAACAUUUCAUCAACUUUUCUAUAGAUUACUCCAGAAAGCAAAGCAAUUCAACAACUUUUCUAUAGAUUACUCCAGAAAACAAAGCAAUUCAUCAACUUUUCUGUAGACUAUUCCAGGAAAAACAGCAAUUCAUCAACUUUUCUAUAGAUUACUCCAGAAAACAAAGCAAUUCAUCAACUUUUCUGUAGAUUACUCCAGAAAACAAAGCAAUUCAUCAACUUUUCUGUAGAUUACUCUAGAAAACAAACCAUUUCAACAACUUUUCACUAGAUUACUCCAGAAAAAACUGCCACAUCUACAUUUUUUGAGUAGAUUGUAACAGAAGACCAAAUCCUCGUAGUCCGACGGGAAGGAUAGCAAACUUUGGCACUUUUUGUAACAAUUUAGUAACAUUUGUACCGUGGCAAAGAUUGGUAAAGACAGAAGAGAGAAAUUUGAACCAGUAAUAUACAGGGGAAGGCUGUGUGUGUGUGUGUGAGAAGAGAGUGAGUGAGUGAGUGAGUAUAUGUCUAACGUGAGGUCAUUUUUCCAUAGCAUUUCUUCAGACAUGUGAUAGCAACUAUUAUUAUAAACUGCAUUAUCUUUUUAUUUUAUUCAAUUUUUUUUUUUUAUUUAAACCCCCGUCAGACCUGUACGAUAUUAAACCCCUCCUUUACCCUCGACAACAUAAAGACAGCAAGGUACUAUAGACGAUAUGAAAGUAUAGAUGAAAGUAUGUGCUAUAGAGUUUUCAAGUGUACAUCAAUUUGUCAGUUUGUGUACGAGUUUUUAUUUAUUUAUUUAUUAUUUUUUUUAGAUUUUUUUUUUUGUGAAUGAGAUGAACUGAACUGCAAGAAAGAAGACAAAGAAGAGAGUUUGAAUUAAGCAUUACAAUUUUGCUUUUUAUUGUGUAUAUAUAUAUCAAAUAGUUAAAGAAGAAAAA